AAGAAACCAAUUUGGUUUCGUAAAAAUGGCAUUGGAUUUUGGAUUCUCAGCCGGUGCGGUCUUUAAAGUUUGGCGUUACUAAUGUCCAGAUUCGCUUCUCCUCUCCAUAUAAGCCGUAGGUGUUCUAGCCUGUGGCGUUUUCGCUAUGCUGGCCAUAGCAAAAGUACUCAAAUAGCAACACAGGCGUUGUCAAUUGUUACAGUACCUGUCGGCAUUUUAAUAACAUAUAUCGCAUUUCAAAAUGAGCAUAGACACGAAAAGGAAAUGGAGGGAAAAGAAGAAUUCAUAGUUGUUUAUCCCAGGGAAAUAAUCAAAUUACCUUGGGGCGAUGGUAAAACUGCGUUAACUGAUACGAUCAGUAAAUCUCUUGGAUUACAUAUCGAACAUGAAAUCAAGCUCCCGAAACCAGCUGAAUAAAGAAUGUUUUUCUGUGGCUGAUAUCUUAAAGCUUAUGAAAGGGAGAAAUCUAACGAUAUUGUUAGUAGAUUCUUUGUACUUUUAGCGAGAUGUUUCUAAUAUAGUAAUUUUUGCGACGUAG